AUGCGAAGACCCAGAAAGACCCAAAAACCCCAUAAUCAAGAAUUCGAGUUAAGAAGAUCUCCAAGACUUGCUGACAAAUUCCAGAAACUCCCAGAUGAUUUAAUCCUCGCCAUCUUUUCAAAGUUCCAAGAUGACGCAAAAACCCUGAUUCGCUGUUCAUCUGUUUGCAAGAACUGGGCUUCUCUUGUCCCCGAACUUCACACACUCUUCCUCAGAUUCUUCACUCCAGUUGGGGAUGAUGAUUUUCCACCGUGCUUUCAGUACCACCACCACAUUCCGAAAUCAGCUAUCCCUGCUCUCAUGAAGUUGUUUGCAAACCUUAAAUCUCUGGAAGUUAAGCUCUGCUUCAGCCAACCUUCUAAUGAUUAUAUCAGAUUGAAGGAAAUGGUGUUGUGUUCCGAUGUUCACAGAUAUGAAAGUUCUACGUUGAUUACAUCAGAGGUUGGAUUGUUAACAAGUUCUAAUGGUGCUGCAUUGUCUCUUCAAUUGAACUUGACAAGAAAUAGCACCCAAGAUAAUUCUUUCUUGGAGUUUUAUAUGUCAAUAUCAGAUAAUAAACCUAAAAGUUUAACAAGCUUGGAGAUUAUGACUGCUAAGAAACAAGGGUUUGGAUCAGGAGGGAUGGUGUUUAUGACAGAUGAACAAAUUUCGAGGUUGAAAGAUUCCAUUUCAAAAUCAAGACUGAAUCAGAGCUGGCUUGAGAACCUGGAGAAUGUGGUUUGUUGGCUCAAGAACGCGCCGCGGAAUCAAAAUUCGCUUAGAGAGCAAGUCUUGAUUGUUUAUAAAUGGGACUUCAUAGUGACUGAUGACGGUAAACCACCAGUCAUACAUGGACGUAUUCCAAAGGAGAGAGAGAUAAAGGAAUGGUUAGGUGAUGAUGAUGAUCAUUAG